CGUUGGUAUCCCGGGACUCUCUGGCGGCUCCGGUUACCUUCGUGGCUCAUGUCGUCUGGUUUUUACGAAGUUAAUGGCUAGGAGAAAUCUGUCUUCAAAGAUGAGAGAUAACUAGCAGGAAAAUCCUGGUUCUGCGAACUUUAAAGUUGUGCUGUGGACGCAUUUGGAAACAGCAGGGAAGUCUGGGAAGAGUCUGAAUUCCUUUUUCGCUCUCUUGAAAUUCUUUUAUUCACUGAGGAAGCACAUUUUGUUGUGAACGCCGAGGUUAGGAAGCAGUAAUCUGCUGGUUUUUCCUCUGCAUUUUCCCAAGAUAAAAGGUGCCUUGUGAUGAGAAAGGACAGGCAAGCCUACUUUCUGUUCCAAAAGAUUUUGUACUGGGAAUGUUUUGUCUCCGUGAUACCACAGUAAGGAGUCUUUCAGCCGGUCUGUGCUUACUUUCUGUAAGGGGCAGACUUUGUGUUGUCUCUCCGUGGUUUUGCCAACCUUUCUGUUACAUACAGAGUCAAUAUUAAGUCGUGUACCAAAUGUUAUUUUUUGAGCACAACAUAAGUUGUUGGUGACUGCUGGAAGGUAAGGUCACGUGGAACGCAUAAGCAGGAAGCUGGAUACCCAGUGUACAUGUGUGUUACUCGCUGCCUCAGUUCAGGCUCAGUCCCUUGGACUCUCAGAGACACCUGCUCAGUUCAGUGUGAUGGUAUUCAUGUUGCUGCUCUGAACGGCUCUAAAUCAAUGCCCAGCUCAAAACUGUGAGUAAGCUGGGUUGAGCUAAUGUUUUGGGUUGGAGGAGGGUAAGCUGUUGUUUUGGGUUUAUGUAAUUUCUAUUUCCCUUUCAAGUUGAAAAGGGCAAUCAGAGUAACUUAAGGGUUUUGUCAGUUCUUACUGGAAUGUCCAUUUGAUAUUGUCAUCUUGCUUCCUGUCAUAAACUUGUGCGUGACAUUAUUGCUCAGCAUUUUAGGGCUGCUUUGCUGCAUCUCAGAAGUGGGGGAACUUGAAAAGCUGUCAAAGUAGUUGAUAAAAUUCAUGGUUACUUUCCGGGAGGGGGCAGGUAGUGUUCCUCCGAGGAAUGCUGCUGAAAGCACAGCUCUUUGGGAGGGUUUUUUUGGUGACUAAAGAAGGUAGGCACAACUUUAUAGAAAGGGGAGAAAAGUUUGAUGCACGUUGUGAUAGUUAUCACUGAGGAAACAGAAAAGCAAGUAUUCUUGUUGCACGCUGCCUUGGAAAAAGUGACUCUUAAAAUACAAAAGUAGACUGAUGUGAUUUGUGUGGCCAAAACCCCACAUACUAAUUGUUAUUGUCUGCUUCUCUUUCAGAUUGAAGCAAGUGAAUUCUGACAUAACUUCGUUAGAGGGCUUUUUUUAAAAAAAAGUUGAUCCACAGUGCAUCAGAGCAAGUUACUGCUUUACUUUUGAGUGACUUACAGGUGCUUGCCUGCAUUGCAAUAAAGGACUCAUAUAUUGAGCAAGACUUAUUUAUCUCUUCGUUUUGGAGAGUCUAAUAAACUGUUAUUACAGUUUCUGUACUGACUUUCAAAGUUUUGAGUCUAAAAAGACAUCUUUAAAGAUAAAACCAUGAGCACGGCCAGAACAGAGAACCCUGUUAUAAUGGGUCUAUCCAGUCAGAAUGGGCAGUUGAGAGGCCCCGUAAAACCCAGCGGGGGCCCAGGAGGUGGAGGCACACAAACUCAGCAGCAGAUGAACCAGCUGAAAAACGCCAACACAAUCAAUAAUGGCACUCAACAGCAAGCACAGAGUAUGACCACCGCUAUUAAACCUGGUGAUGACUGGAAGAAGACUUUAAAACUCCCUCCAAAAGAUUUGAGAAUCAAAACUUCGGACGUGACCUCCACAAAAGGAAACGAGUUUGAAGAUUACUGUUUGAAACGGGAGUUGCUGAUGGGAAUUUUUGAAAUGGGCUGGGAAAAACCAUCUCCUAUUCAGGAGGAGAGCAUCCCCAUUGCUUUAUCUGGUAGGGAUAUCUUGGCUAGAGCGAAAAAUGGAACAGGCAAGAGUGGAGCCUACCUCAUUCCUUUACUUGAACGGCUAGACUUAAAGAAGGACAAUAUACAAGCAAUGGUGAUUGUUCCCACCCGUGAACUAGCCCUGCAGGUCAGUCAAAUCUGUAUCCAAGUCAGCAAACACAUGGGAGGUGCCAAAGUGAUGGCAACCACAGGAGGAACCAAUUUGCGAGAUGAUAUAAUGAGACUUGAUGAUACAGUGCAUGUGGUGAUAGCUACCCCUGGGAGAAUUCUCGAUCUCAUCAAGAAAGGAGUAGCAAAAGUUGAGCAUGUCCAGAUGAUAGUAUUGGAUGAGGCAGAUAAGUUGCUGUCUCAAGAUUUUGUUCAAAUAAUGGAAGAUAUUAUUCUCACGCUACCUAAAAACAGACAGAUUUUGCUCUACUCUGCCACUUUCCCUUUGAGUGUACAGAAGUUCAUGAAUUCCCAUUUGCAGAAACCCUACGAGAUUAAUCUGAUGGAGGAGCUGACUUUGAAGGGAGUUACUCAGUACUAUGCCUAUGUCACUGAGCGUCAGAAAGUGCACUGCCUCAACACGCUCUUUUCCAGGCUCCAGAUUAACCAGUCGAUCAUUUUCUGCAACUCCUCUCAACGGGUUGAAUUGCUAGCCAAAAAGAUCUCCCAGCUGGGCUAUUCCUGCUUCUAUAUACAUGCUAAAAUGAGGCAGGAGCACCGCAAUCGUGUAUUCCACGAUUUUCGGAAUGGCUUGUGCCGCAAUCUCGUUUGCACUGAUCUGUUUACCCGAGGUAUUGAUAUCCAGGCUGUGAAUGUGGUGAUAAACUUUGAUUUCCCAAAGCUGGCAGAGACUUAUCUCCAUCGCAUUGGCAGAUCAGGUCGCUUUGGUCAUCUUGGCCUGGCCAUCAACUUGAUCACCUAUGAUGAUCGAUUCAACCUGAAAAGUAUUGAGGAGCAGUUGGGAACUGAAAUUAAACCCAUACCAAGCAACAUUGACAAGAGCCUGUAUGUGGCAGAAUACCACAGUGAACCUGUAGAAGAUGAGAAACAGUAAACAUGUAUGUUUGCUUUGAUUACACAUGCCAGAAGGUGAAGCCCUAUGAUCCAGAUCUGUGACACAUCGUUUCUUUGGGGAUACCCUUCUCUUUGUGGGUUUUUCUUCGUCUUUUCAUUUCGAAACUAUGAAGACUAAAGAGCUCGGCCUUUUUUUAUUUUUAAAUUUGGCAGCAAGGAAGAAAGAAGAUAAAAGGAGGAAUGUCUUUUUGUUUUUCCACUUGUUUGCACUGUGUGCUGAUUGAACAUUAGUUGCACUAACUGCUGGUUUUAAAUUUUGUUUUCUUUGGGUGGGAGGGGCAGCAAGGGAAGAAGAGAAACCCUGAAAAGAGAAGAAUCUUGAUGAACGCGAGCUUGUCUGCUAUUUCAAAUUCUUUAACCAUCGACUGAGUGCAUUUCAACUUCUCCCUGGUUACUCAUCUGUUUUUUAAGCUAAAGAGCUUGUUACUUAUUCGUGCAAAGUGCCUUAUGCUAUGAGACCAUUCAGAAUAUCACCUUUCCAACACAGCCCAAGGAAUCAACAGCUGUUUUUGGUUUCAGGUCAAAGUUCCCCUCUCUUCCCCUUCUCCUCCUUCCCAAGUACUCAAGCCCAGGGCUGGGAGGUGAAAUGUAUUGGUAAUACUACUUUUUUCUUCAACUUUUUUUUUUUUAACUGGAGGAGUUGAUAUGCAUCUGCAGUUCACCCAAACUGUAAAUAUCUGUAUUUAAAAUGAAACCAACUUAAAAUCUGGGCUGAUUAGGUGCAGCAUCAUAGCUCCAGAAGGAAAGAGUAGCCUGUCAUCCUUUGCAGGAGCCAUAAGAAAAGCCCUGUGCUCUAGCAGAACACUAAAAGACUGGUUUCCAUAAGAGUCUCCAUUCGUAGUUACAGCACUUGAUAUGUAGACUUGUUUCAGAGCCAUGGCCCUCUUUCCUCUGGUGCAGUGUGUCCCAUAGAAAAUCAGAUGUGUAUAUUGUACAAACUUUGUAAAUAUUAUUUUUUUUCUCUUUGGGUUCAUAUAUAACUUUUUCUUUUGUGAUGAAGGUUGCUGGGGUUAAAGGGAUUAGACUGAUUAUGGGAGCAGCUAAAGAUGAGAGGGGCUCAGUUUUCUGCAACACUAAACAGUGAGAAGUGCUCUGACCUCUGUGAAGUGCAGGCCUCCACAAGUGUCACUUGUCAGCGUGGCUGUGCUUUGGUGCUGGCAACACUGUCCUGUACCACUCGUAUGGAAGAGAUCACUUGGGGGGCUCCAAGGCCUCCAAAUCCAUAGCUCAGCCUUUUUGGAGAUGCUCUUUGAUUUCCCCCUUAGAAACUUCAGGAGCUUGACAAGCUCUGAAGGGGCCCAUGACCUGUGUUCCACCAUAGUGGGAGGGGGAAAUCCAGUGAGUGUCAGAAUUUCUGAGCAGUGGAUGUUUAAGAUGUGGAUUUGAGUUUAAGAGAGACCAUAGAAAACCAGUUUACAUGCAUAAACUGACAGUUCUGGAGCUUUAUGGAGUCGAUUCACUUCCUGCAGCACUGUGCAUUUUCUGCCAGGAGCAGCCUCUGUGCAGAACUGUGAGCAGGUAAGGGCAAACCCCUGUUAACGUCAGAAGCUGCAGGAAGCUGCUUGCCAUCUCCUCUGGUUUGGCAUGAGUUGCUGUCUGUCAUUUUGCAUUGUAUAUUGCUGAAAAGUGCUAUCUGGUCAAGUAGUGUUGCUUUAAAUUGUGCCCCUCCCAACAUGCUUGAUGUUUGGCCUGAUCUACAGGCAAAAGGAGUGAGACAAAUCAAAAACUACUCUUUUUAAAAUCCCUUUUAGCCUGUUCACCACCACUGUCAGGAGGCACCUGGAUGAAUGCAAUCCCUUUUGCUCAUUUGUUUAUUGCAUAUACAAAUGCUGCACUCACCAUGCUUGCUUACCUUUGAGGCAGGAAUUAAUUGUCUUAAUUUCUCCCAUUUUGGCCCUUUUUCUUUUUUUGAAUUGGAGUAAAAUUGUUUGGAACAACAAGGCGGACUUAAGCCAUCUGUUUCCUUGAGGAUCAUACAUAACAAGCCAGGUGCCUCCUGACAACAACUUUACAAGAUGGAAAGGUUUUUGUGUUUGGGAUGUUUUUCUUCCUUUUGUCAGCAGUGACUCCAUAAUUGUAGCAAAUGCUGCACUAGAGUACAAACUCAAGAGCUUGGUCACAGACACACUGUGAGCCACACAGCUUACAUCUGACUGGCAGGUACUAAAUGUAAACAAUUUUGGGGUGCUUUUUGGGGGUGGGGGGUGGGAAUUUGUGGGUGGUAACUUUGACCAAAAGUAAAAUCUUGCUCUUGUACUGCAGCCAGCUUAUGAUUUUCCAGACAGAAGAGGGAUCAUUUUAGUGCAACGAAGACAUGACAAAUGUAAAUAAGUUUUGUAUCUUACCAGGGCAUGCACAUGUACCAAGAACAGGAUAGCGAUGUUGAGUCAGGUGUGUGUGCUCUGCUUGGAUUUGUGGUAGGUUAGCCUGGUGCCAUGCGUUGAUGGUCCCUCUUGAAGCACAGAAUUUUUGAAAGUAUUACUUUAAGCUUGGCCUCUCGUUGAGGAUUGGCACUUAAUCUAAACUAUCAGGGCACCAUCUUUAGGUGGCUUCUUGUCAAGAAGGAAGCAGCCUAUUUUUGGUGCUAGUAGGCUAUCUUGAACAGAUGCGAUCUUGCAAAUGGAAAGAUGCUCCAAAGGACUAGGAUAAUCCUAGUUUUUUUUGUUUGGUUUGUUUUUUUUUUUUUUUUUUUUUUUUGGUUGUUGUUGUUGUUGUUUUUUUUAUUAUUUUGUUUUGGGGUUUUCUUGGUUGUUUUGUUCCCUGUACAGGAGUAAGGAGUAUGUAUAAAUCUUGGCUUCCUGAGAUUCCUUGUGAGCUCCAGUUCUUGCUGGUCAUGUGCCAGCCUUUACAUAUGCAUUAGUUGGAGCCUUCGGUGGUGAGCCCUAGGUCAAAUACUUCCUCUGACAAAGUUGAUGUGAAUGAGAACCUGAUGUAUUCUGCACUUUUUAACUCGGAAGUCAAAAGCGUCACUCCAUGAAUCUGUGAAAUGGAGUUUCACAGCUGGGCGAGGUGGCUGUGAAGAGAGUGAUGGAACCUUCAGCCACUUGAGAGAACCUGUAGGGUGGUCUCUGGGUGUGCUGGGGGGCACUGCAGCUGCUGGAGGCCUUUUCCCAAAGGGAGGGGGGUGGGUUGGUCUCAAAUACAUGUUCCAAUUUCCAGAAUGAGAUGGGAGCAUCUUUCCUUUGUCCUCUGUGAUUUUUUUUUUUUUUGUGGGUAAGAACAGGGAAGCUCAACAUGAAUUCAUGUUGUGUAUAUGGUGGUAUCAAAUCAUCUCAUUCUGAUCUUCUGUUUAUUUUCAUUUGGG